GACGCCAGAGCGCGUGCCCGAAGCGUUGUGGGUGGAGGGGAUCCAGGUCGCGCGGUGAAUCCGGGACGAGGCCAGUGCACUGCGAGUGAACAGGGCAAGAAGAUGGCACGGGUCGGAAGCGCAGUGUGCGGCGUCCCCGCUGUCCUUCCUCUGCUCUUCGUGGCGAUGGCGAUGGCGGCAUCCGAUCUGUUUGACAACCAACUGGGAGACAUCAGCUACUGCAAAAACCAGUGUCAGAUCACCAUCAAAAACAAAAAAGCUGCCAAAGACUCCAUAAUGAAUGCAUGCUACCGUGGCUGCCGGCUCUAUUCAAUUUGCCAGUUUGUGAAUGGGAACACGGGCUUCAACAACAGCAAGGAGGAAUGCCAGGGAGCAUGCCAGGAAGCAUACAGUAAGUUACUGGAGCAGGAGGCUUGUAGCACAGGCUGUACCAGCCAGCCAGCUGAGCCUGAAAUCAAACGGAGGAAGCUCAAGGCCCUGACCAACCGCCCCAAACCAGUUUCAGUAAUGGACGCUUUGUUUGGUUGGUGUAAUGAUAUUGUCAGCUCUGCUCAAAGUUUCAUGUCCUCCACCUGGACUUUCUACCUGCAGGCUGAUGACGGCAAGGUGGUUGUAUUCCAGAGCGAGCCAGAGAUUGAGUAUUAUUUACCUGAGUUGCAAGCCCCACACUCCAGUGUUGCCAACAAACCCUGGCCUGAAGGAAAUCCUCAGACACAGAGGCUACAAUCUGGAGAACGACUGCAUGGAGAGAGAAAUGCUCCUAAAGCUGUGAGUAAGGGAAAGCACAGCAGUCAGCAUGUUGAAGACACAGUUGCAGAGCAUGACUUCCUGGGCUGCAUGUCAAGGCGUUCAGGUCUGCCACGUUGGAUCUUAGCUACAUGUCUCCUGUUAUCAAUCAUGGUGAUGCUCUGGCUGAGCUGUGCCAGUCUGGUAACAGCACCUGAGCAACAUGUAAAGACUCAGUUGAGCAUCAAUGGAGAUAAAGAGUUCCUGGACUACAUGCCAAAAGUCAACCCCUACCAUCUGACUUCAGUGAUUGCUGUAGCAGUCGGUCAUCAUGAUGAAGGAAAAGAGGCAGGGCCUCUGCCAGUCAAAGUUGACCUCAACAAAACCUCACUUUAAAAUCGUGUGUAAUCUGUUAGUAUUUCUCUCCCUAGAGGAAGAAAUCAUAACAUUUAAUUUUCUAAAUAAAAAUUCAUGGUAUAUAUAUAUAUAUAUAUAUAUAUAUAUAUAUAUAUAUAUAUAUAUAUAUAUAUAUAUAUAUAUAUAUAUAAUGAACAGAUUACACACGAUGAAGCCAUUCAGUAGUAUUGAUUUAGAUGUUUGUUGUGUUCUAGACAGUGCUGCUCUCAAAAACAUUAAGAACAUGAUUAAGCAAGCUUUGAUUGUAGCACUUAAGAUUUGGGAUGAUAGUAUGUUCUUUGACCUAGAAUGUCUUUAACACAGCCAAGGUACUCCUAACUACAGUGAGCAAAAGACAAACACUGACAGCAUCAUUUUCAGUUUGAUUAGUUAUCUCUGAAUAGAAGGAGAUUUUGACACUUGAUUUUGCCAGUUUGUACACAACAGAAAACAGGCCCUACUCAUGAAAUCAUGGCAGCAUAAUCAUGUGUACAUACAUGUAAUUAUUUAUUUAUCUCUAUCACUAAUGUAUAUCACUUAUGUAUAAGGUCUUAUUGUAUUUUAUCUCUCAUUUAGAUGCUAAUAGAAAAGAUUCUGUGAUUAAGUAGUAUUUAUAGAAAGCUUCUAAUAAGGAUUAUGAGUGAUGCCUAGGUAAAAUACGAAUGUAAAUUUCUCCUUUAUUCUUGAGAUUGUGGGAUGGGAUGAUUCUCCAAAUUCUGCUUAGUGCUAGGUUUUGACAAAUAGAUCAUUUGUUAUCAGCUGAUUAGAGCUGACUAGCCUAAUGGCUCUUCUAGUGCUGAUUGUGUUUCUAAGCUAUUUUACCCAUGUGGUCCUAAUCACAGUGCAUGCUAGUAUGUUUUAAGACUUAGCAAUUAUCUGCCUACCCACUUAUGGCAAUAGACUAAUAUAUGCUAUUAAUAUUUGUGUUUAUUAGCUUAAUGUUGAACGGCAAUGCAAUUAUACAAUACAAAAGAAGAAAGAAAAUAAUAUCUCAAAUGUUUACUACUUUUUAGUUACAAAAUUGUUGCAUGACUUAAUCCAUAAUGCAUAAUGAAUACAUAAUACAUAAUGAAUGUAUCUUUUUCACAUAGUAAUGAACUGAGUGUUAGACAUUUUUGUUUGCUCUACAUGAUUUGCUCCAGAACUCAUUAGUAAUUUAUUAUUAAUACAGAUUUUAUUUGUGUCAGCAUGUCAUGCAGUAAAGGACAAAACAGUAUAAGAAAAGAGAGACUAUACUAGCUUAUUGAAAUUCUCAGUUUUCCUUUGGUUACAGUUUAACCAUAGCAUUUAUGUUUUUUCUCAUUGCUGAGGCAAAAAGGAAAAACUAUGCUGUUCUGGUUUCUCAGCUAAAUCAGCGGCCAGACUGAACAUGAAUAAAAUUUGCAUGGCUAAAAAGCCAGUUCACUAAUCAUUAAGUAGCUCAUUAAGUGGCCAUUUCAACUUUGCACUCUCAACUUUGCAUCUCUCUCUCUCUUUGUCCCACAAUCUUUAUUACUAACUGCCUGCUCAAGUAUUUUAUUUUUUUAUUUAAGUGAAAUAAGGCAAUGCGAGCUAUGUUUCAGGGUAAUAUUGCCAUAAAUACACUACUCUAACCACUUCCUUUCCUCUAUUAUUUUCCUUUUUUUUCCAUUCUGGUUUGUUACAUGUGAUCCUGCCCCUAGUGAACACAUUUAUAUACAUGCAAGUAUGUUGGCAUGCAUACGUGUGAAUUUUAUAACAACUGUAAAAACUUAGCUUAUAAAUCAAUUGGCUGUUAAUAAAUCCAAGCAUUUAUGCUGAUUGUUGUUUAAUAUCAGUACAAGAAUUUUUUUUCUCAUUUAUGCCUAUAGCAUGGAGCCACCCCAUCUACCAACAUGCACUAGUGUGUUUUGUAGCAAAAUUUUGUUUUGCCUGCUAGGAUUUUCUUAUUAGCAAUGUUGACACUUCUGCACAAACAGCAAAUCCACUGAGAAGAGGAAGUAAAAUGUUUGAUAUUUAUUUAUAAAUGUAAUAAACUGUCAACUUUGCAAUAA